UUUUAGUUUUUUUGUUCUACUCCCCUGCUAUUGUAUCCAGGUACUUUUUUUAAUCUUAUUAUUUAGAAUAUUUACUACUAUUUAAUCAUUUCAUUGUUGAACCGUUCCAGGCACGGUCUGUGGUUUGUUAACAUGUCCUAUAGGCCGGUUAUGGUUUACUGUCAUCUGUGUUUGUUGCUCCAGGUCUUGUCUGGACGGUGCGAAUACAUAAGCACAUGUAGUAUUGCUGGUACAUGUUGGACUGUCUUAAUUUUAAAUCUAUGCAGGUAAUGUGCAAAGGCUCUGUGCUCUGUAAGAAUUUGGGCUAUCUGGGGUGUGAAACGCUUCGUUUUUAUUAACUUGUGCAGCUCUAACAUUUCUGAUGAACAUUUUUGUAGUUCAGCUAUUUCACCUCCCAUUCCGUACUUCGAACGUCUUUUGCCUUAUCUGCCGUUUAAUAUAUGCGGCGUAUUCAGGUGUUCUCAGUUUUUCUGCCGCUUCUUUACUAACGUGUCCGCCCUCUCGUUCCCCGGCGUACCAACUAGCGUAAAGGCGCUGGAGAGGUGUCUAUCAGUUCCGCUAUUGUGGUACUCUUCUACGCUCCGGCCGGCUUGGUCAUCUGGGGCUGAGAGAUCGUCCACUCAAAUUUGACCUAGAGUCACUUUAUGUUUUUUACGUCACGCUUAUUUUUAUUUACGUGGUAAGUCGCAAUUCGCAGCGCGGUCAAUUCUGCUUGAAGAACUGUGUCGUUUUUCUGCCAUCAUCUUUAUAAUUAUUCCGCCUUCCUUCUUUAUAAUACCGCCCUCCGGUAUUUCCGCACUGACCUUAUGGACCAAAGCAAUCUCAAAUAUAAAGGGAAUAUACUUGGAAUGUAAUUGUAUCAUUUGUGAAUCUAUGAUUUUCACAAGAAAAAAAUAUACUUUAAAGGUGGAGCGUAUUCAGAAUAAAUUUACGAGAUACAUGUAUAUGAGGUGCUAUGAAGUAUCCCAUUUUACCCAGUUAUGUAUCCAAUUGUGGGUAUGGUAGUGUACAACAAGCUAGACUUGAAGGACCUUACUAUCACUUUAUAUAUUUUAAGGUUCUUUAGAGGUAAAAAAUAUAAUGCGGAAAUGUUGGAGAGACUGGGGCUGCGUGUGCCAAAUAAUCGGCGUGUUAAUAGGUCGCAAUCGCUUGCCACGCGUAAAAAUUUACUUAGAGAAGUACCGUUUACGCGGGUCUAUAAUUGCAUAUGAGACGGAUAUUUAGUUGCAUACAGGCUUGAUUCAUAAGAAUUGGAUUAUUAAUAAUAUCUACAUAUUAAGGUACCUACUGUAAAAAUUGUAAAUAAGGAAAUAAUUAAAUUCCUUUUUUGAAUUUUAGCCAAUCAGAGCUGUUUUAGUGUUUUUCUACUCUUUUUCUGGAUUCCUUGUCAUAUUUUCAAAUUUUUAUGAAAAUAAUAUGGCAUUGAUAUCCUAUGAAACCAUUCAGUUAAGAUAGUUGUGAUGUGGCGAACGUGCCUUAUCACUAGUUAUUUGUUAGUAUGAUUUAAAUAAACCACGGAUUGUUGCCCAGUAUCAAGUGAAGUCUCAACUACUAAACAACCUAUUGAAUCUUGAACGGGUGUUAAAAAUGUUACUUUUAUGGUUAUGGUGUAUAAAUAUAGUAAUAGCUUCAAUAAAUGGUUUUACUAAUAAGCAAAAUGUAACUGAACCUUUUAAAUUAAACAUAAAACGUUAUUGGCCUGAUUGGGAAGAUCUCGAUACACGUCCACUACCAGAGUGGUAUGAUAGAGCUAAAAUUGGAAUAUUUUUACAUUGGGGAGUGUUCUCAGUCCCAAGUUUUGGGUCAGAAUGGUUUUGGAGUAACUGGGUUGGAGGAAACCAAAAGUAUAUAGAUUUCAUGAAUAAAAAUUAUCCACCUGGUUUUACAUAUCAAGAAUUUGCACCUAUGUUUAAAGCUGAAUUUUUUGAUCCUGAUGAAUGGGCUACACUAUUCAAGAGAGCUGGAGCUAAAUACAUUGUUUUAACCAGUAAACACCAUGAAGGUUUUACACUUUUUCCUUCAAAACGGUCAUUCAGUUGGAAUUCCGUUGAAGUUGGUCCUAAACAAGAUCUAGUCGGUGAAAUUGCUAAAUCAGUUAGAAGACAAGGAAUGAAAUUUGGUGUAUACCACUCAUUAUAUGAAUGGUAUAAUCCCAUUUACUUGGAAGACAAGCGGUCAUUGUUUUUAAAUAAAAGUUAUCCAACAACAAAACUGUGGCCUGAUAUAAAACAACUGGUCAAUGAUUACCGGCCGUCAGUGUUGUGGUCUGAUGGCGAUUGGGAGGCAUUUGAUGCUUAUUGGAAUUCCACUGACCUUUUGGCGUGGUUGUAUAAUGAUAGUCCUGUGAAAGAUGAGAUUGUAGUCAAUGAUCGUUGGGGGAUUGGGAUCCCAUGUCAUCAUGGAGAUUUUUAUAACUGCGCUGACAGGUAUAAUCCAGGAACUCUCCAACCUCAUAAGUGGGAGAAUGCAUUCACGGUGGACUCAAAAUCGUGGGGCUACAGACGAAACAUGAACUUGUCCGAAAUACUCAGUGACAAACAGUUACUCAAAGAAAUCGUUUCCACUGUCAGCUGUGGAGGCAACGCUCUUAUCAACGUCGGUCCAACAAAGGAAGGCACGAUUACGCCAAUAUUCCAAGAGCGUCUCUUGGCUCUUGGUGAUUGGCUUCAAAUAAACGGCGAAGCUAUUUACGAUACUUCACCAUGGAUACAUCAGAACGAUAGCCUUAACAAUGAUGUCUGGUACACGUGCACAAAACAACAGUAUGACGGGGUUAAUCCCACAUCUAAACCAAAGGUGGAAGAUGUGAUGGCGAUUUACGCGACCUUUUUCGAGUGGCCUAAAGAUGAUGUACUCUGUAUAAGGGAUAUCGUCAUUUAUCUACAUCGUCAUAGCACUUUGCGUGUUACCUUGUUGGGAAGUGAUAGGACAUUGAAGUGGAAGAUAGCAUAUGGCGUGACAUACAUCGAGUUACCCAAGGAGUCUGUUAAGUCCAACGUUGGAUGGUCACUUAAAUUUUGUAAUAUUUAAUCAUUAAAUAUGUUUCGAAUAAACUA